AUGGACCCCAUAACCGUCAUCCGCUAUGCCUUCCUCUUCAAUUCCGCUGCCAUAAUAGUCGCGAAAUACACCCCCGCCCUCAGCCGGCGCUUCAUUGCCUACGGUGUCUCCGCCGAACCCAUCCCCGAAGGUUACAAAGAAAAGCGGCCCCCGCCAUCCGACACCCCCGUCUCGCAGUUUCUCGACGCCGCGGCCGAGACCAAGACGCCGCACAGCUGGUUCACGCACUUCUACUACGUUUGUUUCGCCUGUAACCUUUUCUGGGCGUGGCAGAUCGUCACGCACGGGAGUGUCUACCAGCUGUUGAGCAGCUACAUCACGCCGGCGGCGGCAGCAGGAGUCAGUGAGAAUGGGAGAAAAGAGGUGGUGGGACAGACGAUACACCAGGUAGUGCUCACGUGGCUGUGCUUCAUGAUCCAGGCGUCGAGGAGGAUAUAUGAGUGUCUUUAUAUCCAGAAGCCGGGGGCGUCGAAGAUGUGGGUGGGGCAUUAUGCGAUUGGGAUAUGGUUCUAUCUAACCAUGAGCAUCGCGAUCUGGAUUGAAGGGACCGCGGCGAUUAACAAAUUCAACUUCACGCCCAUGAACUUAUAUAACCUCGUCGGGCCACCAUCCUUAAAGUCCCUCUUCGGGAUAAUCCUCUUCCUCCUCGGCUCUGGAAUCCAGCAUGACACUCACGUCUAUCUCGCCACCCUCAAAAAGUACACCCUCCCCACGGGACCCUUCUUCGACUCGCUGCUCUGCCCGCACUAUGCCGCCGAGUGCCUCAUCUAUCUCGCGCUCUCACUCCUGUCGGCGCCCCGAGGAGUGGGAAUGCCAGUGAAUGGAACAGUGCUCGCGGGGCUGGUGUUUGUGGUGGUGAAUUUGGGGUGCUCGAGCUUGUCGACGAGGGAGUGGUAUAUACAGAAGUUUGGAAGGCAUUCAGUGGAGCACCGGUAUAAUAUGAUCCCAUGGCUGUUUUAG